AUAUAGGCCCUGCAAGCCUGCGACCCCGUGGCGGUGUUGCCUCCUCCGUCCAACUCCGGCAGCUUCUCCCGCCGGGCGCUCCCCGCCUUCCUCUCCUUCAUAGGCCCCGCCACGACCGAACUCCCAUCCCAUGGGGGCUUCCGAGUCUCUCCUGGCCAGGCAGCCGCAGCAGCAGCAGCGACCGCAGUGGGCGGACGAGAUCACGACGGUAUCCGACGGCCGGCGCGACGCCGCGAACGAAGACCCUCUCCUCCGCCGCAUCCGGUCACUUACCAUCGCCCCGCCGCUGUUGAGCGGUCAGCCAGCGGCGGGCUCGGAGACGGAGACCAGCUUCACUGAUAUUCUUGUACGGAAACCCUCCGGCUCCUCCUCGGCGGCCUCUGGCAAUUUGAGUCCAAAUCUGAUGUUUGAGCUUUUCGCUAUGUACCGUGAAUGGCAAGAAGAGAUGGCCAAGGAAAUCAGUGGAAGACAGGGAGAGCUAGAAAAUAAGAUAGAAACGGCAGAUGCAUUGGCUGUUAAACUUCUCCAGCGGUUCAAUUACUCUGUUUCUUCGAUGAGAUCAACCUCUCACAAUCUUGCUGAAGUUCAUCCACUGCAGGUGGAAGUUGGUGAAUUGAAGGGCAGGUUAACUGAAGUAAUAAGUAACUGUGAUGCAUUGUGCAAGAGGAUUACUGCAGAAGGGCCAGAAAGUUUGCGAACGUCCGUUGAACCUUUCACCACUGGCAUACUGGGGACGGGAGGUGGAUCCCCUGGCCCAAAAGAGCAACCCUGAGGACACUAAUAUGCCUGAUUGUCUGAACUGCUGGUGACAUAAAAGGCACUGCAGGGAACUACAUAGUUACUCCCUCCGUUCGGAAUUACUUGUCGCGGAAAUGGAUCUAUCUAGAUGUAUUUUAGUUCUACAUACAUCCAUUUCCGAGACAAGUAAUUCCGAACGGAGGGAGUACUACGGAGGAUGUCGAUCAGAACGAUGUGCCAUGGGACAUACUUCCUCCGUCCGUAAAUAGUGUUAGAUACAUCUGUUUGAGCGACAACUAAUUCUGGAUAGAGGGAGUACUCUUUUCUAGAUUGAUUGGAUUAUUGGUUUCCUUUUGUUGGAGUUCAUUCUCUCCUCUUGUAGUGCUUAA